CUCGGAGUCGGAGGCGGACGGGACGGCGGAAUUUCUUUUGCCUCUCCAAUUCCCUUUUUUUUCGCCCUUUGACCUCUUGCAAUGGCCUCCUGACUCGCCCGACGAUGGAUUUAGUGUGUUCGUGACACAGCAUGUUCACUAGCUAUGAGCGGCUAGAAAAACGUUCGGGCAAGAAGGGCGUCGACCGUCCCGAAUACCUCAAGGAGCUUGUACACGAGUUCACCACUUCAGAGCAUCUUGCUUCCAAAGAACAAGUCCUCGCCAAUCUUGCGAACUUUGCCUACGACCCAAUCAACUACCCUUGGCUGAGGAAGCUGAAGGUGAUUGACAUCUUCUUGGACCAGCUGACGGAAGGGACAGCCACUCUAAGGGGCUUUGCGGCUGCAGGGUUGUGCAACUUGGCUCUUGAUCAGGAAAACAAGGCCUACAUUCUCCGGCAAGGAGGGGUUGCUUUGCUGGCUGGUUGUCUGUUGUCGCAGCACGAGUCAGUCGUCCUCUCGGCCAUUACAACACUUAUGUUCCUUGUCACACCAGAAUCCAAGAAAGAUAUCGCCUCUGAUAAAGUAAUUGAGCAGAUACUUGGGAAGGCUGAGAGUGACAACCCCAGGAUCAGAAACUUGGCAAAGGUUUUUCUUGAGGAUUAUUGCACUCCAGAGCAAGUGCAGAGUGUGAAGGCAUUGCAGGUCACACAGCACAACUAAGACUUACACAUAUUGCAUCACUUGAAUGUAAAAAACUAUUGAAGAGGGAGAGUGUAAAAGUAAUUCCAUUUAACUUCAUGCAAAAUCAUCUGCAAGUUCGAUGCCUUUGCUUUUUGGUGUUCCACGUAGUAUAGUGAACUGUUCAGUUGGAAAUGUAAUCAAGGGUUUCAGAAGAUGCUUGGCACUGAAAGCGGGGGAUAAUGCCACACUGACGAAGAAGAUAACGAAGGAGGACGUGACGCAGUUUGGACACCUCACGGGCGACACCAACCCCAUCCACGUGGAUGACCUGUACGUGAGGGAAAACACCAAGUUCGAGCGUUGUGUGGUUCACGGUGCCUUUCUCAACAGCCUGGUCUCUUCAGUCAUAGGCACACAGCUGCCAGGCCCGGGAACGAUUGUUGUCAAGCAAGAGCUGAACUUCCCGUCCCCUUGCUACGUGGGGGAGGAGGUCGAGGUGUCUGUCAAGGUGAAGGACGUCAGGAAAAUCAUCACUGUCGAGUUUUCGUGCCGUUCCAACUCUGGCAACGUUGUGUUGUGGGGAAUUGCAAAACUUGUGCAUCAGCCGCUGUCAACCAAGUGAAGGGCCCGUUGAAAGGUUAUUCAUGAUGUGAUCUUGAGAAUGUAGGAAAAAGAAA